GCUGCAGCUUUGUUUGGUGAUCUCGCAUCUGCAGACCGCCAUUAUGAUCAUGAUGUUCCAGGGGCAGCAGCCGCCGACGAUGAGGCCUUCGUGCAGCGGGUUGAGGCGGAACGCGUUGCAGCAUUCCUUGACCGCUCUGGCGUUGAGAAGGGGGCAGCUCGGAAGAAGGCGGCGUUCCAGGAUCGGUUUGACUGGUCCAGUGCACUGGCUGAGGCGGGCUUAGGCGAGGAUGUCCACCCUGACAAUCUAGAGUUUGAAGCGGCGAUGGCUGCAAUGCACGAGGCCGACCUCGACGCUGUCGAGCUGAGAGCCCGCGCGGCGGCAGCUCGCGCGGAGCGAUUGGCGAAGGAGGCUGCAGAGGCUGCAGACGCUGCCCGCGAGGCAACGCCGGCGACCCUGGCUUCGGCAACUCCGCCACCGCCGCCGCCGCAUCAUCCACCUGAUCCACCCAGUGAUGGGGGCGAUGCCGGCGGCGACGUCGGCGACGACCCGCGCGUCACCCUGGUCGUCGGAUUGUGGUGUGAGGGCAGCCUGGCUGGGGCAGAUGUGUUGCGGGAUCGAGCCAGGGCGAUGAUCUCUAGCAAGAUCGGUGGCGGCGGUCUGUCUCUGAUGUGGCUCGACGAAGACAUGCCCUCCGGAGAGCGCGAACGGGCAUGUGUGCUCGUGAAGUGGAUUGACCCAUCGCGGCUCACAGGACGCCGCGUGCGUAUCGAUUGUUCCCGGGACCCUCCCCGUGCAGUGUGGCCUACGCAGGGGUGGUCACCAUUGCGAUCAUUCGCCGCUGCCCGCGUGAUCCAUCCCGACGUCGGCUACACCGUGGAAAAGGUGAAGACCUUCGUGAAUACGGUGGUGCAGCCGCAGACGAUGAGGUUGAAGCGCAUGGCAGAGCUUGCAUUAUCGGCACUCGGCGGCGAUGAAGCUGACACCAUCACCGCGUGCUGCUUGUGCGAGGCAGAGAUCGAUGAGCCAGCGCGCGAGUGUGCGAUGUGCGCGCUCACGUUCCACGAGUCGUGCGGCCAGCUGGUCGCAGAGCAGCUCGCUGGGUCACCGCACAUGGUUCGCCCUGCGGACGCCGUCGGCGCCGACGGCUGGCUCUGCGAUUGGGCCGACGUCGGUCGCGGCGGGAACCAGCUCUGCCUGGCGCGCAGGCAGUGGCUGUACGACGGCGAGGCGGCGGGGCGGCAGG